AAAGUGUCACGUGUCCUCUACACGUGUUCCUACUUGGGGAAGGAGAGAUUACCAUACAGGUUGGAGAAAUGGCCCCUAAAUCAGACAAGAAGUCAAAGUCCACACUCAAAGAAGUUGUAACUAGAGAGUUUACUAUUCACCUACACAAGAGGAUUCAUGGAAUAGGCUUCAAGAGGCGAGCUCCAAGGGCUAUCAAAGCCAUCAAGACAUUCGCUGAGCUGCAGAUGAAAACUCCUGACGUGCGUAUUGAUACAAAACUCAACAAGGCGAUUUGGGCGAGGGGAAUCAGACACGUUCCACAUCGUUUGAGGGUCCGGUGCCACAGAAAGAGAAACGAAGAUGAGGAUGCCAAGCACAAGUUCUACACCUUUGUCACUUAUGUGCCAGUGGAAACGUUUAAAGGUCUGGAGACAGUAACUGUUGAUUCUGAAGAGUAGUGAACACGAUACAAUGAUUUAUGGAGUUGAUGGAUUUGUGUACAUGUGUGCAUUGAUUUUGGCUACUUUUUUCAUAAA